AUGAAUAAAAUUGUGGCUUUGUUUGUUGUGCUUUGCGGAGUCAGCGUUGGAUAUUCAAUCCCAAUUCAAAAUGCCCUCAUGUACUACCGUCACGCCAUGCCGCCCUAUAUGGUACCUCACCAAGCGAUGUACGGAUUUCACUAUCAAAACCAACAGCUGAGGAAUCAACACCGUUCAGCAGGAGUGUCUGCUUUCGCGGCCGGAAAUAGUAUCGCAGCUGGAACCUAUCUGAAAGAUUGCAAAACUACAGAUAUCGAGAGUGCUGAGCAGCCCGUUCAGAACGACCCGAACGUGCAGUCCACUGCUGAAGCCUACCCAGAAGAGCAAUUCCCAGUUGAGGAUGAACCUCAGUAUGAAACUCCAAUUGUGAAUGAUCAGGAAGCUGUCGAACCAAUUGCUGAUGUUCCAGUGGCUAUUCCGGCGGCAGUUCCAGCUGUUCCAGCUGUUGUCCCAGACAAGAAGAAGAAGGUUACCGUCCAGUUGGACUCCGACGAAGAUGACACUGCCGUCUAUCCAACCCGUCGUGGUGCCAAUCGUCCAGCUGAACCCAGCAGCUAUUUCCCGAUCAAUUUCGGUGGUACCAGCGGAGGCGCCAUUGCCAUUGCCAACUCGUACAGCACGGGAAAGGGUGGAUCGGCUACCAGCACCGCCACUGCCUACGGUAGCCCAUCGGCAGCUGAGCUGAGAAGAGCUACCCAACCCGCUCAAUUGAAAAAGAAACCUGCCAAGCUGCGUGCACGGAAAUACUGA